CGAAUCCUUCCAUUUACGGCUAUUCUGGGGUCGCAGAAAAGUCCCACGCGGCCUUCGCGGGCUGCUCACGUCGACUCGUCCGUUCGUUUGUUCGUUCCUCCCUCCCCCAUCUCACGCAGGACGAUCCGCCCAGUUUUCCGCUCUCUCUUACUGCGUACUUGCGCGCAGCUUGGUGCUGGGAACCACAUCGCGUCUCGGCUAGGCCCGUGCAGCACUCACACACACUCGCGCGUCGGCUUUUCUUCAUCCACACCCCACCUCCACUCGCACGUAUGGCUUCCGCGCUGGGGUUAGCCUCCAUGGUCCCUGCACCCAUCGCCACCGCCCUGCCCGCAUCCGCGUCGGCGGCCGCCUCUUCCUCUGCUUCUGCUUCUGCCGCUGCUGCAGCCGCCGCUGCCGCAGCAGCAGCCGCAGCAGCACAGGGGGCACUACCCUCACUCGACAAGACGCUCGGCGCGGCGUUCAUCGGCUUCGCAGUCAGCUGCGUCGCACUCGGCGUGAACACGAACCAGGUGGUGACGUACUUCCACCGGUAUCCCGGGGACCGCGUGUUCUACAAGCUUACCGUCGGUCUCAUAUGGCUGCUGGGGCUCGCGGACCAGGCGUUCAUCGGACACGCUAUGUACUUCUACUGCAUCAAAAACUACGCCAAUCCACUCGUCUUCAAAGAGAAGGUCGUGUGGACACUGAUUGCCCAACUUCUUCUCGGAGCUCUGAUUGGAACGAUCGUGCGACUAUGUUUCACGAUGCGUGUCUGGCGGUUCAGCAAACGCAACAUCUUCGUCACGGGCUUUUUGGUCGCGUUGACACUCGCAGAGAUGGGACUCGCUAUUGUUUUCACUCUCCGGAUUUUCCAGAACCCAUUCAUCAAUGUUCUUCCCACUCUCAAAGUAUUCGCGCGUUUUCCCGGCCUCAAGUGCAAAUGUCUGAGAAAUCUGUCACAGGUUAUCGCUUCUCUGGCAUUGGGCGCUAGCGUCAUCGUAGACGCAGCCAUCGCUGGCGCACUUGCUUUCUUUCUGCGGCAAUUCCGCACGGGCCAUAAGCGCUCCGACUCACUGGUCAACACUCUGACGAUUUACGCGGUCAACACCGGCGCGCUGACAGCCGCCAUCAGCUUGUGCACCCUGCUUAUCUACGACGAAGACCCGUCGCAUUUUAUCUACAUGUCGUUUUACUUCAUCCUCAGCAAACUAUACUCGAUAUCCUUCCUCACGACGCUCAACACGCGCAAGAUCAUCCGCGGGAAAGGCACUGAGCGGAGCGGCGCGGAUCCGACGUCAGGCGGCACGCGCAACCCGCUCAACAUCUCGGGUAACCAGUUCUACGUCAACCAGCUGUCACGCGGGAACGGCACCCCCGUCAACGGCGGGCACGGGGCCACCUCGUCGUUCUCUGGCCUGCGCAGUGUGGUGGACACCAAGAUGCAUAUUGGAGUCCACCAGGAGGUCAGCGUGGUCUCCGAUGUCGACCUCGAGGAGGGGAACAAUUUCAACUACGAGAUGGCCGAGCGUGAGCGGCAGUAUUAUGGCCAUGCGCGGUAGCUCGUCCAGAAAACCCCUCAACUCACACACUCUUUGUAUCUUUCAGCUUUUCUUUCGGGUUCGAUGUAUCAUUUUAGUCAUGCGAGACGCGUUGAGGAACGAUUAUUCUUCUUUGAAUAUAACCGUGCAUUUCCAAACUU